UGAGUCUGUUCAGUGCCAUGUGCUGGGAAUACUUCAGCUCUGUGAGCUGGAACAAAAACAACACCAGGCCCUGCUCUGAUUCUCCUCAGAGCUUUGCGUGUUAUGUUCCAGCAUUACAUCUGGUUACACAACAGCACUGUGGGAGCUUUUUUCUUUCUGCCUCGAUUCUAGACUCAGUCUCACUAAAUCCACAUCACUGGAACUGUUAAUAGAAUAAAAGCACGAGCUCUAGAUAACGGAAAAAAGAGGAAGGACAUCAGUUUGGAGAGAGAGAGAGAGGAAUAGUCAGACUGCUUUGCUACAAGGAUAAAAGGUUAAAAACCCAGACGGUGUGUAAAGAUGGCCAGUGCUACAAUCCCAGUCAGUAACCAGGGAAACACCUACACAAUCGUCACUCAGGUUAUUCCCUCAUCAACUGCCCUGACUACAACCCAACAACCGCUGACUCAACAACAAAGCCACCUGAGGAAAUUCCUGAAAGGAGAACCCAAAGCUCUGGGGACUGUUCAAAUAGUGCUGGGUGUGGUGAUGAUUAUGCUGGGGAUUGUGAUAUCCAUUAACUUUUUCACAAUAAACACCACCUCUGGAAUCACAUUUUGGGGUUCUCUGCUUCACAUCAGCUGUGGUUCAUUGGCUGUUUCAGGGAGCAACAAGCUUCAUAACUGUGUGGUGAAGUCCGCUCUGGUGUUGAAUAUCAUUAACACGAUAACUGCAGGGAUCGCCAUCAUCAUUUUUUCCCUGGACAUUGUGAUUAUGCCAUGGUCCUGCUACAAUACUGACUAUUACAACUGCAGAGCUAAUCUCUUUGUGAAGGGAAUAUUUGGCGUCCAGCUGGUUAUGUGCAUGUUCCAAUUUGGCAUUUCGAUCGCACUUUCUGCCUUCUCCUGCAAAGCCACCUGCACCAAUGUACCCACUCUGAACAUCAUCAACGUGGUGCCGAUUCAUGAUCUAUCUGCUCAACAGCCUCAACUGGCUCUGAAUGCCAUAGCCACAGGUGGACCUUCUUUGGACAAUCCUCCAGCGUACAGUGAGAAAAGCCUACCAGACCACUGAGGAUCGUUCUUCAUAUGAACACACAAUCACACACUACACAACACCACAACACACCAUGUACUCCAGCACCUAAUCACAUGUAGCAUUUGAGUAUCUACAUAUUUACAAUUAUAUAUACACACUUACACACACAUUCACAUACACGCUCAUAUACCAAUACACUCAAAGCUCUGGGAUC